AUGGACGAACUGCGAUUAGCUUUCCAACGUCUUAGGAGAUUCGACAUCGCAGGUGGAACUUACGUUACCCUCUCAUUCGUACCCGAGGCUGGCUUGUUCGAACUGCUGACAAUUCCGACGAUCGAAAGAGCUCUCGAAGACCCUGUGUUUGGAUUUGAGCCUCACCAACGAGGGCCCGUUUCGGUAGAAGUGACGGAGGGCGCCCGAAAACUGUUCGCUAUCUUGGUAGAACUGAGAAUUGAGCAGCGACUAAAGAAAUGUUUGGAGAAAAACUUACUAGACUCGAACCUGCCCAUUUUCGACGAAACGUUAUUGCAUGACCUCUUCCCAGAGUCCGUGACGCAUUUCCGUAAGCUCCAGUGGGAGUUUGUUCCCCUGAAACUUCGAGAGCAUGCGCACAAAGACAUAGAGUCGGAACGUGUUCUGCCAUUCUUGGAAAACGAGAAGCUCUCUUCUGGGGGAUUUUCAACUGUAUUCAGAGUCAAAGUUCAUCCUUUGUAUCAUAACUUCGAGGCUUCCUUUAGGGAGCAACAAUAUGUGCGAAAGGAAAUUUCCUCCAGGUCGUCUUCCGAGGCACAGAAAAGAGAGUCAGAUCUGUUAUUCCUGCUGCGGAGUUUGGAGAACGACAAUCUCGUGCGCAUUGUGACGUCCUACACGCAGCACGGACUUUGCAACCUCCUCUUCCCAGUUGCGGAUUGCGAUCUCCAUGACCUGCUCCUCAACGAGACUCAACCGAAAUGGUGCCAGGAUUUCGCUCAAAUUGUGGACUCUUUCCGUGGUUUAGCAAACGGCCUACACUACCUCCACAACUUCCGCCCGUUGACUAAAAACAAGGAAGAUACUGAACGGAUUACGAGGCAUGGAUACCAUCACGACAUCAAGCCGAAAAACAUUCUCGUAAAAGAGGAACGCCUGAUACUGGCUGAUUUCGGUCUCGCUCGCCUGAAGGAUGCCCAGGAAGACACGCAGACGCCAUGGAAGCACGCACCGCCAACUUAUGCCGCGCCAGAGGCUCGCGAUCCUGUUACGCUUCAAGAACGAGAUAUUGGUCGAGCAUAUGACAUAUGGUCCUUUGGAUGUGUCCUUGGCGAGUUCGCUACUUAUUGUCUUGGAGGAGCAGACGCUGUUAAAGAGUUUCGAAAAGAGCGCAUAGUGGAAGGGAGAUAUGGAUCACACAAUUGUUUCCAUCACGACGGUGAUGUCAAUCCCGUAGUCCACGAUUGGUACCACAGGAUGAAGGAUAUGUAUAAAAGCUCCUCCAAAUCACUGCUUUUCGAUACGUCAUCGUGGCUCCUGGCUGUAGAUCCAAAGCAAAGGCCGACAUCUGCGGAGGUGGUCGAGAGCUUCAGUCGUUCUUCGCUAAGUCGUUGGAUGCUUAGUAUUGUUUUCCAAUCCAACGUGGAGAGUAGUGAAGAUUCCGAAAAGUUGCCUUCAGUGUUCCAAUCUAAGCUGGCACUGGAAAGAAAUCGCUUGCGAGCUUGGGGCUAUUCUCAUGGGCUAGAGGCAUUCGCCCAGCAGAUGCAGGAGACUAUUCCUGAUCUCAGCAAUCAGUACGACAGCAUGCUACACCUCUUGAAGAGCUGUAGUGUAAAGCUAGCAAACCUUCUGCCUCUCCAUUACGAUGACGCAGACGCUCAAGAACAGGUUCUACAAAUCAUGGCAUCGACCAACGACGCCCUUUUCCUCGGCACGCCCCACCUACUAAAGCCCACGAUAGAAAACAUCUUCCAGCUGCUCACAGUCUCCGCCACAAAGACCGUCAAACUCUUGGCUGACUCUAGCAACGCCACGGCGCCAAACGAAGGCGAAAAAUUCUUGAGCAACUCCCAAGACACUCCACAAAAUCAAGAAGUUGGUUUGCUCGCUGCAGCACGGUAUGCGUCACUCAUGUUGUCAUCAUCGGACUCGCUAGUGUCCAAAGGAGCGGUUACGAUGAUCGAUCUUGCCUUAUUGAGCGAUAUAAAUCAGCCAGCGACUUAUGCUAGUCGUCUGACAACUCGUUGGUACUAUCACGGCUUUCGUGAAGUCGAUAGACAGAAGGUGUUAGUGGAGGAGAGAUCGUAUGCGGGAACUUGGUCUACCACCGCAGACGAACAAAAGUUUGCAGACAUAGGCAAGGAGGUUCUAGCCCGAGUUCAGGAACUAGCACAGCUCUUCCAGAUGCGGCCUAAACCCAAAAAUAUGCGCAUCCUACAGUCUUUGGGAGCAUAUCAUCUACCAAGCCAGCAGAAAUUUGGCUACGUGUACGAGUUCCCGCGCAACCGAAGCGACGCCGAACCAGUCUCGCUUGCAACAAUCAUCCGCGAAACCAAAGAGCCCAUGAGAAACCCGACGUUGAACGACAAGUUUGCUCUAGCUCAGGCAGUAACUUCGUGUAUUCACUCUCUGCACAUGACAAGGUGGAUUCACAAAGACAUAUGCUCCUCCAACCUUGAUUUUUUGCGAGAUCCAGGGCAGGAUCUGACCGAAGUGGAUCUGACGCAGGUCUACCUUACCGGGUUCCAACACAGCCGGCAGUUGGUUCAAGGAGCAUAUUCCGAUGGCAGUAUCUCGAUGCAAGAGAAAGCCUUCAUCCAUCCCGCCUACAUUGAGGAUGGUGUUGGCUUCCAUUCUGCGUUCGAGUAUUAUGCCUUAGGCGUCGUACUCCUCGAGAUUGCGAUGUGGAGAACGGUGGAUAAACUGUUUGCACCUGGCGCCUCUUCUGACGUUAUCAGAGGACUUCUUCUAGAGUAUGCUCAAAAGUACAUUCCCUCGCGUAUGGGAACUGGGUAUUGCAAGGUAGUUCUGGCAUGCAUGAGGUUCUAUGACAACCAUGGAGAUCAGAAAAGUGUCCAAAAUCUGUUGCUUAAAUUUCAGGAAGAAAUUCUGGAGGAGUUACAGCGGUCUUCCCUUCCCCUGUAG